GCCGCCGCCGCCGCCUCCGGAGAAGAGCAUGUCUGCAACUCGAGCCAAGAAAGUGAAGAUGGCCACCAAAUCGUGCCCCGAGUGCGAUCAACAGGUUCCUGUUGCAUGUAAAUCAUGUCCCUGUGGUUAUAUAUUUAUUAGCAGAAAACUUUUAAAUGCAAAACACCCAGAGAAAUCACCACCUUCUACAGAAAACAAGCAUGAGGCCAAGAGGAGGCGAACAGAGAGAGUUAGGCGAGAGAAGAUAAAUUCUACAGUAAAUAAGGAUUUAGAAAACAGAAAGAGAUCUCGAAGUAACAGCCAUUCAGAUCAUAUCAGACGAGGAAGAGGAAGACCUAAAAGUGCAUCUGCCAAAAAACAUGAGGAAGAAAGAGGUCAGAGACUAGAAGUAUCUUCUCUAGGGAUUCUGAAGAGCACAAGAGAAAAGGCCUAAAAUACAGAUACAUUCGUUAGGGAUUUCACAAAGAAAUGGCCCAGUCAGAUCAUCCUGAAGUGAUGACCACAGUCAAGCUCCACAUAUGUGCAUGAGCUAAUUAGCUUUUUUGUUCCCACUCCCAAAUAUGAGCACAUUACCAAAAAUUACCCAGAUAUACGGAAGAAAGCAUCUAGUAUGAAAAGCUAAGACCAAAUCAACAGGGGAAAAGAAUAAUUUCGAUAGAACAAGUUUUUGCAGGGAGAAGAAAAAUUAAAACUAUCGUUAAUAUUCUUAGCAAGAGAAGAUAUGGUAGCCAUGAAACAGGAAUAAGAUAUUUAAAAGGAAAUUGCAGAUAUCAAGAAAGUACCUGGAAAAUGAACUUUAAAAUAUGAAUCUCAAAAAAAAAAAAAUGUAUAUAUAUAUAUGUGUGUGUGUGUGUUCAUGUGAUUUGCAGAAAUGAAAAACUUUAACAGAAGGCUUAUAGACAAAAUUGAAGAAAUGUAGCAGAACAUAGAGGAGUAGGAAAAGCGAUGAAAAAAAUAAAAUGGGAAGGAUAAGAAAUUUAGAGGACCAGUUUGAGGUCAACAUCUAUAAAUAAUUGACUUUGCAGAAAAUGAACAUAGAAGAUGGUGGAGACAGAAGUCAUCAAUGAAAUAAUUCAAGAAAUUUUCCCAAACCUGAAGGACAAUGAGUUUCCAUAUUGAAAUGGCCCACCAGAUUCCCAGCCCAAUGGAUGGUUAAAAGUAGAGAUUAUGCCAAAGCAUAUCAUCAUAAAUCAGAUCUCUUUGGUUAAAGGGAAAAUCCUUGAAGUGUUCAGAGAAAAAAGAGAGAAAAGAAUCAAAUGAUAUUGGAAUUAACACAGUGGGAAAAAUACUACCCAGCCAGGAACAAACUACUUAUAUAGGAGCAGCAUCAGUGAAUUUUGAAAACAUGUUGAACGAAACAAACUAAACACAAAACAGUUCAUACUAUAUGAUGCCAUUUAUAUGAAGUUCAAGAACAGGCAGAAUGAAUCUGUGGUGGUAGAAUCAGAACAGUGGUUGCUGGUAGGGUGAGGAGGGAUUGGCUGGAAAGGAGCGUGAAGAAUUUUGUAUAUCUUGAUUGUGGUGUGUGGGUUACAUGAAUGUAUGUGUUUGUCAGAGCUCAUCCACUUGUACACUUAAGAUCUGUGUUUGUUUCACUGUAUGUAAAUUGAGCAGUAAUUUAAAAAAUAAUAUAAAAAAGGGUGUUGGGUUUUCUUAACAGUGGCACCGGUAGUUAGUUGGCAGACAAUUUUUUGCCUUCACGAUCCUGAGAAGAAAUCUACGAGUCUUUGGUCAACCACACUAUGAGUUAGUGUGAAGAUAGGCUAAAGACGCUUUCUGACAUUUAGGGUCUCAAAAAAUUUGCUACCCCU